CUAUGACAAGUUUUCAGCUACAUCCGGUUAUAUAAGGCAGUUUGACGUCCAAAGAGUACAGUUAACUGAUGUAUCCCAGCAAAACCUUUAUGCAAAAGUUAAGAGUUAUGCUACAGGUGCGCGCUUGUACUUUGACAGUUGAAGAUUGAUAAUUUGCCUGAAGCUGUAUAACGUUAACGGAGAACGCUUGCUACCUAAAUAACAAUGACCAGCCGUGAGGACUGUAAUACGGAUUAAUUAAUAAGAGAUAGUGGAUUCUAGACAACAGGAACACUGACAUCACCAUCAGACAGGACAUAACUGUGAAGUAGGACGAUCCCACAUUAUGGGGAACGAACCCUCCAAGCGAUCGUCGACGAAGACAGGGAAUCAUGAUUCAUAUUCUAGCAACGGCCAUCAUGGAGACAGAUUAUCACAUGACGAAUCAACAGAACUCUCCGGUAUCCAUGGUGUCAAUGAAAAUUUAGGAAAGAUAGAUAUUCUACAAUCAGACACCGAACAAAGACCUGCUGCUGUUAAAACGUUAUUAGAAGUAGCCAAUGGACUACACGUGACGGACAAUGUCAGUAGUAUCACUGCUAACGAAGGUGUGGAUAAAAUGGUACUAAAUCUACAGGAUAAUGAAGUGUCUAGUACUGCACUAAAAGAGGUUAAAGAAUCGUUGACAAAUAGUCAAACAGACACAAAUACGAACCCUUGUGGGGAUGUAGUCGAGGAAACAGAUACACCGCCAUCAACUCCGCGGAAAGAAACAUCAACAACGCCAGGGAAGGACGACAGUGGUGUUGAGAGUUCUAGUGACAUCGUACAAGUCAGUAGAUCUGAUGGCGGAUCAAAAGAUUCCGGCACUAAAUCAAAGGCGAAUAAAAAAUCGAAGAAAUCUGAAGAUAAAAGGAAAGCAAAUAAAUCAACAGAACAUGAUUUUGACGAGUCAAUCGAAGUUGAAGUGAUAUCUGUAAAAAAGGACAAGAAAAAGAAACCUAAGAAAAAGAUUUCCAAACAAAAUAGUACAGUGAGUGAUGUCGGCAUGACGUCAACCGUGUCGAUGUCGUCGGGUCUCAACGUGAGUAGUAUCAGCUCCGACACUGGACGUGGGACUCUCGAGCGUUCUGUCAGCUCCGUGGAACCAGGUUUUGGCGUCGUGAAUUCCAUCGACAACAAGACAUCUCGGCGACCUCUCAGUAAGUCUUUGAGUGACAAUGAGCAACAAAAGGAGAAGAAGAAGAAAAAGAAAAUGGACAAGAAAAAAUCGAAUCUAGUUACACCUAUGCCAGUGCCUGUAGAGAACACCAAUAAAGAAAAACGAAGAAGUAUUUUUGAGGAAGAUUUUACCAUUGAACUUGGCCUUGCAGAGGAAAAUUUAGAUGUUGUCUCUCUUUCAUCUCUGUCUUCCGUUGAUGGAAAGGUUGAGUGCGAAAAUGGUCACAACAAGCGGAAGCAAGGGAUGUCAGAUCAACAGAAUGACUACGAGGAUUCAUCAUCUCGGAGAGUGUCGGAGUACAACGUGACUUUACGAGAUUCGUCGACAGAAGAAUGUGAGAAAGAUGACAGUGUAUGUAAUGAAGUCAUGUAUGAAAGGAAAAUCACUGUCAUCACUCAUGAACCGGUUUCUUCAGAAACGAACCUAAUCGAGACAAAGGAAGAAAACAAUAACCUAGAGGCUGAAACGAAACCAGAAAAGGAAAUCACUGAAAUCGACCUAAACACAGACGCUUUACAUCAAAUCAGCAUCAAUUAUAACAGUGAGAAUGAGGAAGGUGACGAAACAGUCAGUGAUAGUUUUGACAAUUAUUCGUUAGUUGAUCAGAUCGUUGCACAGGUAUCACGAGAAUAUGACUGCAACCCACAUGAAAUACUCACAAAAAGAAACAGAAAUGGCUUACGCCGCAUCGGCCAUUCUCAGUCCAUGUCUCCUACAGAUGGUGGAAAGCUACAUCGUCCUGUACGGCGACAGUGCUCAGAAGACGUCACAAGAACCAGACUCUCCAAUCCCUGCCGAGAAUAUGGAUCUGAAAGUGAUUUUCACGACCAGCCCCGACGUGUGAUACUAACUAGACCACUGUCUUUUGACCGCCCGUCAUCUUCAUCCCCGUCUUCCACAUCGAUACCAUCUAAAAAGAGGCAGAAUUCAUUUUCUGAAAUGUUCAAAAAAUCUACAACUGCAUUAACUCAUCACAGAAGAAAAUCAGAAAACAAAGGUGAACCAUUGAAAGAACAGAAUGUCGGAAAAACCGGAGACGACCAGACAGCAACGAUUGUUUAUAUGUAA